AUGAAUGUAGAUCAGUCAUUGUCACAUGAUCAACAACAACUUCAGGUCCACAAUGUAUAUCAGUCGAUCAAGAAUAUCAAUUCAGUGUUGAAGGUGUCAGAGGUCAAUCAUCUUACAUAUCACGAUCAAGAUCACGUCAAUAAUGUUAAUGGAUUUGGUGAUGGUGGAGCAGACAUGGAUAGAAGAAACUCAUUUGUCGAUGACUUGCAAUCCCACCUAAUCGAUGGUAUAGAGUAUGGACGUUCAUAUCAAAAGUUACAACAAAUUGGAGUUAUUCAAGCACAUCAGAAUGGAUACAGUGGCAAGGGUGUCAACAUACUAGUCAUUGACAGUGGAUUCCUAAAGGAUCAUGAGAGUAUCAAGAGCUGCAACAUUAUAGCUGAGAAAGACUUUAUCAACAACACUGGAAACACUCAAGGUCAACUUGGAGAUGUUCAAAAUAGACAUGGGACCAAUGUACUUUCCAACAUUGGUGGAUGGAUGCCUGGAUCAAUCAUUGGUGUGGCACACAAGGCCAACUAUAUACUCGCCAAAACGGAGAUUAUUGAUAAGGAAGUACCUGUUGAAGAGGACUACCUUAUAUCAGCUUUGGAAUGGGGACAUUCACAAGGUGCUCGUGUCGCCUCAAUCUCACUUGGAUAUAGUGCUUGGUUCAAGUAUUGGGAGGUGGAUGGAACAUCUUCAAUAUCAAAGGCUGUGGACAUUGCACAUCAGAAGGGAAUGUUGGUUGUGGUAUCAAGUGGAAACAAUGGGGUGAGUGGAAUCACACCUCCAUCAGACUGUCGUGAAUGUAUAUCAGUGGGAGCUGUGGACAACUUUGAUGUUAUUGCCACAUUUAGUUCGAUUGGACCUACAGCAGAUGGUCGUCGCAAACCAGAGGUAGUUGGUCCAGGAAUGCUCAUAUACUCUGCAGCUGCAAGUUCACCAUCUUCAUAUGAGUUUGUCAGUGGCACUAGUAUAUCUACACCAUUGAUUGCUGGUUCAGCUGCACUAGUAAUGGAGGCACAUCCUGAUUGGACACCAUCAAUGGUUCGAGAGGCAUUGAUAUCAACAGCAUCAUCAAUCUCAUCACCAGACAAUUAUAAAGGAUAUGGAGCAAUCAAUAUAAAGAUACAUGUAGUGUCAAUGUCGUGUGUGGAUCAGUUUGCCAAGAGAACAGUGGAGAAUGUGAUCCAAACAAUUGUUACAGGUGCAAGAAUCCUAUUGAUAUAUCACACAAAGAGAGACAAAGAUCAAAGUGUGGAGAUUCAAUGCUCGAGGACCCAAGAGCCAAUUCUGGAAUACGAUCACCAAGUUCCAAUCCAUUUUUAA